AUGCAAACCCAUCAAACCCUCCUCCUCUUCGUCGUAUCAAUCACCACCUCCUCCUGUUGCCUCCACCGUGCCGUCGCCCAGACCACCACCUCCACCGCCGUCCGCGGCGACGGCAAGCGCUUCGUCACCUACUCGUUCCCCAGCUUCGCCAACGCGCUGCUCCACCUCCAGGCCAACCUGACGGUGCUCAACAACGCCAGCAUCAGCCAGGGCGCCCUGCAGAUCACGCCGGACAGCAGCAACAGCGCCGACGGCUACCUCGUCAACCAGACCGGCCGCGUCUUCUUCUCCUCCCCCUUCACGCUCUGGUCGCCGUCGUCUCCGGCUGGCGGGAACGGCACCUACGUCGCGUCGUUCAGCAUGGUGUUCAGGGUGAACAUAUUUCGGACGAACAACAGCGUCCCCGGCGAGGGCAUCGCCCUCGUCGUGGCGUCCGUCAUCGACCCGCCGCCUCCGGGCAGCUACGGCGGCUUCCUUGGCCUCACGAACGCGUCCACCGACGGCGACCCCGCGAACCGGUUCGUGGCCUUGGAGCUCGACACGGUGAAGCAGCCGUACGACCUCGACGACAACCACGUCGGCCUCGACGUGAACGGCGUCCGGUCCUUGAGAGCCGUACCGCUCGCGCCGUUCGGCAUCAAGCUCGGCGCCGCCAACGCCAGCAACUUCUUCGUCUGGGUCGACUACGACGGCACGUCUCGCCACCUGUGGAUGUACAUGGCCAGGUCCGAUGACGGCGUGCCCAGCCCCAAGCCGCCGUCGCCGGUGCUCGACGCGCCGCUGGACCUCUCCACCGUCGUCGCCGAGAAGGCCUACUUCGGCUUCUCCGCCUCGACGGGGACACAGUUCCAGCUCAACUGCCUGCAUAUGUGGAACAUGACGGUGGAAGUGCUCGACGACGGCACCAGCUCCGGGGGCCAGCCGCCAUGGAAGCUGGGGCUGAUCAUCGGCGUGCCGUGCGGCGUCUCGGCGCUGGCCGCCGGCAUUCUGCUGGCCUGCCUGUACAUCAAGAAGGGGAGGCGCAGGGUCGGCGACGAUCCGGAGUCGUCGUCGUCGGCGUUCAAGUUCAGAAAGAGCAGCCUCAACCUGAUGAGCCUCGCCGGGACGCCCAAGGAGUUCGACUACACGGAGCUGAGGAAGGGGACGGAGGACUUCGCCGCGAAGAACAAGCUCGGGCAGGGCGGCUACGGCGUGGUGUACAGGGCGACGGUUGCCGGCGACAGCGACGGCGAGAGCGUGGAUGUGGCCGUCAAGCAGUUCUCGGCGGCGAACACCAAGGGCCAGGAGGACUUCCUCGCCGAGCUCAGCAUCAUCAACCGGCUGCGCCACCGCAACCUCGUCCGGCUUCGCGGGUGGUGCCAUCAGGACGGCGUGCUGCUGCUGGUGUACGACUACAUGCCGAACGGCAGCCUGGACAAGCACCUCUUCGGCGGCGGGGCGGCGGCGCCGGUGCUGAGCUGGGAGCAGAGGUACAAAAUCGUCACCGGCGUGGCGGCGGCGCUGAACUACCUCCACCACGAGUACGACCAGCGCGUCAUCCACCGCGACAUCAAGCCGUCGAACAUCAUGCUCGACUCCGCCUUCGGCUCUCGCCUCGGCGACUUCGGCCUCGCCCGCGCGCUCGACUCCGACAAGACCUCCUACACCGAGAUCAUGGGCGUGCCGGGGACGAUGGGGUACAUCGCGCCGGAGUGCUUCCACACCGGCCGCGCCACGCGGGAGUCCGACGUGUUCGGCCUCGGCGCCGUGCUCCUCGAGGUCGCCUGCGGCCGCCGCGUCUCGUUCGGCACCGCCGCCGGCGACGGUGCCAUCGGCGGGUGCAGCGGGCUGCUGGAGUGGGUGUGGAGGCUCCACGGCGCCGGCCGCAUCCUCGACGCCGUCGACCGGAAGCUCGCCGGCGCGUUCGACGAGGACGACGCCGAGCGGCUCCUCCUGCUGGGCCUCGCGUGCGGCCACCCGGACCCCGGGGCGCGGCCCGACGCGAAGGCCGUCGUGCAGGUCCUUGCGCGCGCCGUGGCCGCGCCGGCCGUGCCGCCAUCCAAGCCGGCGUUCAUGUGGCCAGCGCUGUCCGGGACGGACUGCGACGACGGCGGCGAGACGUCGUCGAGGCGCUCGGCCAGGACGGCCAGCACGGAGUUGACCAUCUCGACGUACCAUGCGUCGUCGUACUCCUCCCACGGAUGCACACGUACGCAGGUGACGAGCAAUUGUGACGCCAUGGCUGACGAGACGAAGUACGUGUCCAUCAGUUGAUCUGAGCGUGACGAAGUGAUGGCACGUUUACUAGCCGGACGAUAUGGAGAUCCGGUUGGUUUUGUACGGCGGUGAAAGCGUGGACGGCGGCGGCGGCGGCGGCGGUCGGCUGCCGCUAUUUGUUGGAGACGUGCACGCGCAUAUGUUCCUGUACAGUCUGAGAAAUAAGGUGUUGUCCUCAAAAUUGCUCUAUUUAAUUUGUAGCUAUACAUGCCAUCGUAGAAAGGUUGGUUUCGCUGUAAUGUCAUCGUCCAUAUGAGAUUCGAUAAAAUUCCACUCUCUUUGC